ACAUUUGUUUUCGAUCUAGAUUCGAACUAUAUAUAUAUAUAUAUAUCACUUUAAAUCGCGAUAUAACAAAGUUUCGAACAAUUAAUUUAUCGAAUUACGAAUAUAUCGUAUAUAAAGAUUAUUCAGAAAUAAUAAUAGAAAUUAUUUCGUAUUAACAUAAUUUUAAUGUUUGAUAUUCCUCUUUGAAUUAUAAGUAAUUACCUACGUUCGUUCAAUAAAACAAAUUCCAUGAUUUACAUAAUACAAAUUAUAUCAGAAACAGGUUGAAACAUUUGAACUUCGAUGCAAAACCUUCGGGUACGGAGGAAUGAAUUCAUCCAUAAUAAAUUUCGGGGAUCAAAUCGAUGUUUGCGACAAAGUUAAGACGUUUCGUUAAAUCGAACUAAACAACGUUCACCUGCACCUGGACGGCGAGAUAGAGGAGGCAGAAGGAUGUUAAAGACGUCGCGGCGUGUCGUACGCCCGACAAGUGGCGCGCAUCACGCGAUAACAGGGAUAACGAGAAGGACAAGAACGACGAAUAGGAGCACCACCGCGACCAUGUUCACAAGAAUCGUGGUCGUGGUCGUCAGGAGUGUGGUUCGAACGAGAAGAGAUAUCCUCCGGUUCGUGAGGGACCUAUAUAACUGUACUGUGUGUCUGGGUCAGGGGGCGGGCCGCCACGUUUAUAGUAUACUCUCUAUAUUGGACAGGUGUACCCCAUUCCGACUCCACGAGUUCUCGCGUGCACCAUCGAGCCACAGCAGGCUGUAACGUGUCUUUCUAGCUGCCGUGACAGAUAUCGUGGUGCAUCGCGGUAAACACGGGAAGAUCAGUCGCGACGGGGACCCUCCGAGGACGGUUGACCACGGUCGGUUUGGAAGAAUCGGAAAUCGGCCGUAACUGGGUUCUCACGAAACGUCUCUCCGGCCCUACCUUCUCUACACGCGCAUUCGUCGCCUUUGUCCCCGUUUUUUCGUCACUGAGAUAUCGGUCGUCGAGAUCAAUUGUCUUGUGCUUUAGAUAGCCUCCGACCGCGCGGGUACGCGGAGAUUUCUUGGCACAUGGUGCUUCAAUCAGUGCGGUGCAUUGCUCGUAUCUUUCUCCUUUUGCGCAUCGCACGUCUUUGACACGGGAUCAGGAAAAAGGGAAGCCCUGCGUUUCGGCGUCUACCUCUCGAUUGGACAAACCGACCAAUACGAAAUACUUCACCGUGGACUCUAACGCGGUAUGCGGUGGCGAAUCUUCAUUUUAACCUGUCUCCUACUAAAGGGGCUGGGCCGAGCGGAGGAUGUGGAGGUGGUGGAGGCGAUUCCGGGCGAGGACAAUCGGAACGACAACUCGGCGCUGAACAGGCAGGACAACGACAUAAACAGCUCGGACCAAUUGGCGUUAGAGUCGUUAGGGGAGAAGGACGCAGGUGGGAACCAUUACGGGAAGCCGGGCGGUCUUCGAGGCCAUCCCCUUCCUCUGGCACCGAGUCGAGCCGGGCUCGGGCUCCCGCAUCCGAGGCCGCACCACAACGUGGCGUAUCACGGCCCGCCUCCACCCCUGCCGCCCUCCAAGACCCCGUCCGAGACGAUCGACAAGGUGUACGCGACGGGCGGCGGCGGCGGGGUCAGCACGGCGGUUGGCGCCGAGCCGUGGCCCGCGCCCACCCCCGACAUGCCCAAGAUCAUCUCCCUGGACGUGAAGUGCGAGAAAAGCCUGAUGAAAGUUUACCUCGGCUUCGACAAGCCGUUCUACGGCAUAGUGUUCAGCAAAGGGCACUACAGCAACGUGAACUGCGUCCACUUGCCGGCAGGCUUGGGGCGCACCUCGGUCAACUUCGAGAUUAGUAUUCACGCGUGUGGCACGGCCGGGAACACGGAGAACGGUUUAUACGGGUACGGGGCCGAAUCCGGGUCGGGGACGUACUUCGAGAACAUUAUCGUGGUGCAAUACGAUCCCCAGGUCCAGGAGGUUUGGGACCAAGCGAGAAAGCUGCGGUGCACUUGGCACGACCUGUACGAGAAGUCCGUCACGUUUCGCCCGUUCCCCGUCGACAUGCUGGAUGUGGUGCGGGCCGACUUCGCCGGCGACAACGUAGGCUGCUGGAUGCAGAUACAGGUCGGCAAGGGGCCGUGGGCGUCCGAGGUGUCGGGCCUGGUCAAGAUCGGCCAGACCAUGACCAUGGUGCUCGCGAUCAAAGACGACGACUCCAAGUUCGACAUGCUCGUGAGGAACUGCAUGGCGCACGACGGCAAACGGGCGCCGAUCCAACUCGUCGACCAGAGGGGCUGCAUCACCAGGCCCAAGCUCAUGUCCCGCUUCACCAAGAUAAAGAACUUCGGCGCCUCGGCCUCGGUCCUCUCCUACGCCCACUUCCAGGCCUUCAAAUUCCCGGACUCGAUGGAGGUCCACUUUCAGUGCACCAUACAGAUAUGCCGCUACCAGUGCCCGGAGCAAUGCUCCGAGUCCCCGUUGCUGCUCGAGUCCCAAGCCCUCCUCGAGAACCACCAUUCUCCCUCCAGCGGCCACCCCGAUUCCGCCUACGGCCUUCCGCCCCCCAUCCCCCUCCCCCUCGAGGCUUAUCUCCAGGCGGCCGCCGGGCGUCCCCGGGACGAAAGGCGGAGGAAAUCCCGCGAGAUAAUACCAGCUCCCCAGAAGGCGGUGGGAGUGAAUCGCAUAAUACGGGUGGUCUCGACCGGCGACCUCACCUUUUCCAUCGACGAGGCGAGCAACGGUGAAUUGGGGGGGUCGACCGUGGUUUUCCCCGUUCGAAACGAGAGCGCGUCCAACGCUGCCAUGAUAUGCAUGACCACCCUGGGCUUCGUCGUCACCCUGAUAGUACUUCUGGCCGUCUUGCUCUUCUCCUGCGUCCUCUCCACCUACCUCUGUCUGCGCCUGAGACCGUUCUCGGGCAAGUCCGGAAAGGUUGCCACGUAUCACAGCGGGGAACAAACCGCGCCUAAAAAGUCCGCCAGGACGUGUUUUUACUCUUAGGUUUUCCCUUUUUUCCCCUUUACUCUCGAUCGAGUAGCGUCGAAAGAUGCGCGAUACGAUGCCGUCCGUUUGUCCUUCCUUUCUUCCCCCUCCUUCCCCUACUUUUUUCGCGCCAAGGAUCAAGCCCAACAGAUUUCUGCCUGGAGCCUGGUUUCAGACCAUUUUCGGCCGUUACCUACUUAAUUAUUUAUUGAAACGAGGGGGGAGGGGAAAUAACGACCAACGACUUCGUUGACGUUAGCGAGAAGAAGGGAACGCGAGAUUUAAUUUCUAUUUUCGAUACGGAAAUUGCUCGAUGAAUUGUCAGGUUUUUUUUUUUUUUUUAAAUACUACAAAGUAUAUAAGUAUAUAACACGAUUCCGGUGAAACUCGCUCGUUAGUUUUUAUCUUUUGUUAUAUUUAUUUUCAGAGACAGAUCGAGACCGUUCAGAGAAAAUUUUUACGUUCCAUGUUCUAUUGGAUGUCGCGCAAACCGGUCCUCUUGGUCGCGCCAUUACAGGUAUCGUAGAGGCUACAGAAUGUCGAGAGCACAAUUCUGUAUACGAACGCGUAUCGGACGCGUAGAGUAUCGUAUUUUUCGUAUUACGGAAUAAAAAUAUCGAUCCUCUCUGUGUACCGAAUCCGUCCGUUUCUCCGCCGAAACAGAGAUUCGGAACGAGUACAGAUUUGUGCUUCGUCAUCACGAAACUUACGCUCAAGCCCUUGCCGGCGUGUAUAGGUAUUCCGAAAAAUUUAGUCAAAGAUAAUCAAACAUUUUUUUCGCCCCUUCGUGCGAUUAUUCAUCGUUACGACUUCUUUCCGGGGCUGUCCAUGGUAUUUGGGUAUUUUUUUUCUUCCUAUUUCGAUCAAUCGUUAUCGGUCACAAUUGUAACUCGACGCGUUAAGGCUGAAACACAUUGUAAAAGGAAAAAGAAAAAAAAGGAAAAAAAAAAAAAGAAAAAAAAUAGUCCAUGUUUAAGAAACCAUUCGUCGUUUCCCCUUUAUUUUGUUUGUUUCUCUUUUUUUUUUUUGAAUACGUUGACGAUAUUAUUGUUUCUUAAUAUUAUUUAUUUAUUAGGUAAUAAUGUUCCAAAUUUUUUUUUUUUUUUUUUUUUACGGAUUCAUAUACCAUAUAUCUUAUCUGUACACUUGUAACGGUGUAAGAGCCAGUCACUAUCACGAAACUAUGUUAAAAAAAUGCUAUCUCGAUUUUUAUUAAUCCUACGUUUAGGUUAACAUUAAAUACGAAACGUUUCGCUUCAGUGAAGCGAACAUUUUUUUCUACGUUAGUUUAUACGUAUACGCGCUGCCAUGUAAAACGAAGUUUCUUCUUAUAACUAAAUAGAGUAUUUAAAAUAUUUAUCGUGCGAGCAGUAAAAUGUCGAUUAUCUUUCUUUCUUCGGGUAAUUUCGGAGUUUUGGAGAAUCUUCGGUCAAUAUUUCAUAAUGAUAAUGUUAUUUUGUAUGUAUUUAUAUCGUGCAAAAAGAGAAAAGAAAGAAAACGCAUAACAUUGAAACAUUAUUCGUGCAGAUACAGAACGCGCGGAAAUAUAUUCUUGGAUACGUCGAAUUUCGUAUUCCUCUUAGAAUAAAUAUUUGAACGGUAUAUACAUUUCUUCCUGAGAUUUCGUUCUUCGUCGUACAAUAUUCAAAGAAUUUUUGAAUUUUAUAUACGUUAAUACGCGAUGUUUCGAUUCUUUUCGAGAUAUUAUACAAGCCAUUCUUUCUCUCUUCGAUAAUUUUGAUAUUACGGCAAAUAUUCUUUGACGAUUAAUUUUGAUCGAUAAUUGACAUUUUACUUUACGAAGAAGAGGUCCAAGUAUGUGAAUUAUCGUAGCGAAUGAAAAAAGAAAAAGAAAGAAAAGAAAAACGAAUAAUUUGGUUUCAAUCUUUCAUUUUUACGCGAUUAAAUUAUUUUCUUUAUAUUAAUUUUAAUACAAAGUAUUAAGAUCGAACAAGAUGUAUAAAGGAAUAGUCAGUAGCUUGUGAUAGCAUAUAAAAGAUAAUAAUAAUAUAGUAUUUAAUAUUAACGUAUAAACACGUAGAUAUAAACAUGUUUAUAAAUUAUUUCUCAUCGAUGAGAUAAUUGUAUUUUUUUACAAAAUUAAUUAGCACUUCAACUUUUUGUAUAUGAAUAAAUUGUAAUUAAUUAUAUUUACCGCCCUUCUUCUACACACGAAUAUAUUCUCUCUCAUUCGAGCUAGCGAAUACACGAGAGAAGUAUGAUGGAAUACUAACGUUGCCCGAACUCUAAUCGUCUUCGAUCAUUUUCGCUUUGGAAAAUAAAAGAACGCGGGAAGAGAAUAAAAUCCGUUGGUUCCGUGGAGAUAGGUCCUGUAAAUAUAUUUAUUGGCAUUGAUUCGAUGUUAAAUAAAAGACGCAAUCUUUCGAUCAA